UAAGAUUAUUCUUAUUUUUUUAUUUUUUGAGGGUAUAUACCCCUUAUUAAUGACAUGGGGACUUGUACCCCUUAAACAAAGUUUUCUUCAGCCAGCCACUCAAAUCAAAUCAAAUUAAAGAAAACCCUAACUCUCCCAUACCCCUCUGUUCUUCACGUUCACAGUUGUGCUAGAUUUCAGCACCGUUUCAUUCCGUAUCCGGAUCGACUUUCCGAAGCUCCCGCCUGCCGAGAAUGGCGGAGAGGGAGGGCCGUAACGGCGAAGAUCGGAGUGAUGAGACUAGCGACUACACAUCGGAGGACGAGGGGACCGAAGACUACAGGCGCGGAGGCUACCACGCUGUCCGAAUCGGAGAUACAUUUAAGCACGGACGUUAUGUGGUUCAGAGCAAACUCGGUUGGGGUCACUUCUCCACUGUCUGGCUAGCUUGGGACACUCAAAAAUCCAAAUAUGUUGCUUUGAAAGUUCAAAAGAGUGCUCAGCAUUAUACUGAAGCAGCAAUGGAUGAAAUUACCAUACUAAAGCAAAUUGCUGAAGCAGAUCCAGAUGACAAAAAGUGUGUUGUGAAGUUACUGGAUAACUUUAAGCAUUCAGGCCCCAAUGGACAACAUGUUUGCAUGGUUUUUGAGUACUUGGGUGACAAUCUUUUGACCCUUAUUAAGUAUUCGGACUAUCGAGGGAUUCCUCUUCACAAGGUGAAAGAAAUUUGUGUCCACAUUUUAGUGGGUCUAGAUUAUCUGCAUCGCGAGCUCUCUAUCAUACACACAGACUUGAAGCCGGAAAAUAUUUUACUUCUAUCGAUGAUUGAUCCAGCCAAAGACCCUAGGAAGUCUGGUGCACCUCUCAUUCUUCCAUCUAGUAGAACCAAGGUUGUCUCAGAGACUGGGUCUUCAAAGGACAUCAAGAGUUCAAAUGGUGAUCUGACAAAGAACCAGAAGAAGAAAAUCCGGAGGAAAGCUAAAAGGGCAGCUCAAAGAUGUGCCGGAAGAGAAGUUUCUGAUGAAGUCGAGCCGGAUAGUGAAGUAGGGACUCUCGAAGAUUCUAACCAUGAUGAAAAGCCAGAUGGAGACUUUAUUGAGGAUCAAACGGAGUCUAAAUCCAAUGAAGUACCAAAUAAACCAAGUGAAGCCUCAUCAGAUGGAAACCAAGAAAUACAAAGACAUAAAAGAGGUAGCCGUUCAACAAGGCAGAAGCUGUUAGCUGAAGUUGACCUCAAGUGCAAAUUGGUCGAUUUUGGAAAUGCAUGCUGGACUUAUAAACAGUUUACAAGCGAUAUUCAGACUAGGCAAUAUAGAUGUCCAGAAGUGAUCUUGGGCUCCAAGUAUUCAACUCCAGCAGAUCUUUGGUCCUUUGCUUGCAUUUGCUUUGAGAUGGCAACGGGAGAUGUUCUUUUUGAUCCUCAUAGUGGUGACAAUUAUGACAGGGAUGAGGAUCACCUGGCCUUAAUGAUGGAGCUGUUGGGGAUGAUGCCAAGAAAGAUUGCCUUAGGGGGUCGCUAUUCACGGGAUCUCUUUAAUAGAUAUGGAGAUUUGAGGCACAUAAGACGGUUGCGAUUCUGGCCUAUAAACAAAGUGCUCAUGGAAAAAUACGAGUUCAGUGAGAAAGAUGCAAACGAGAUGUCGGAUUUCCUGGUUGCAAUCCUUGAUUUUGUGCCCGAAAAAAGACCCACAGCUGCACAGUGUCUUAACCACCCCUGGCUCACCGGAGGCCCAUCAUCGCAUCUUGUGCCUUCAGAAACUACACCUCCAGAUGUCUCUAAAAAUGGAAACUCUACCAAGGAGAGAGACGAAAGAGAGACCAUGGAAGCUAGAGUGGGGAAUAUGGCCAUUGAUGGAACUACUUCAAAGUCUGUGUCACGGGGGAAAGCUUCUACUUCUGCUGUUCACGCAACUACGCAACCAUAGGAGUGUUCUUGUUUUUAUGGAUCGGGGUGGAUGAUUUCUUUCAAUUCUUUUUUUUUGAAUUUGGCAGGAAAAUUUGUGAACAGUUAUCAUUGUGUUAGGGUUGUUGUAAUGUGUACAUGUGAGAUUCAAGUGUGUCCUACACAAGUAAUAGACUGACACUGUUGUGGAAGAUGAGAGAAUUGAUUCUUUAAAAUUUGCAGUGUCCACUUCCAUUUCUAUUAACUUUUACUCUCUCCCUCUCAUAAAAGGGUUUUCCUUUU